AAAUAAUAACACUUGUGAUUUAAGAUCAUAAAAAUGAAGCUUAAUUCAAGUAACCUUGACGUAUAUGCAUUUGUAAAACUCAUUAAAAUGUUUGAAUAAUUAAACAACAAAUGGCAUUUAGCAUUUGUCCCUGCUAAUUGUCUACCAAGGAGAAUGUUCAUGCAUUAGUAGAACAAUGGCGGCGAAGCACUCAAUGUUUUGGCUCCUUACUGUAGGUCUCCAGAUUCAGCGGCUGGGGCAUGGAGGGUAGGUACCGGUAACGAAUCUCCCAGAAAAUCAGGAACACCGACGGUUACAUUUGGAGAGGUUUUGCAGUAUUGAAUUCAAAUAGCACUGCGGCAUGGUUAACCCAAAUUAGUACUCAGAACAAGCCCGGAGUACAUUAAUAUCUUUCCUCUCAUUUCCAAUUCUUCGUUCAAAAAUCACAUCCAGGAAAACGUAAGGCUAAAUUGUGUGCAACAAUAGGUUUACACUUGAUCUGCUCUUGUGUCGUCUCCAAAUUAUUUUGACGGCCGGAACUUUAUUUUACACUGUCAAGUCGUCAGUAGCGCUAACAAAACAAAGUGUUUUGGGACUAAUCGAUUUCGGGAUUAUUUCGACCAAGGAAACAGAUUCACUAAUCGAAAAUGGCUACCAUAUUCGUAUUUAUGAAUUCUUUGAUGUUAGCAGUCGCACUUGCCUCGUCAUCAUUGAAGAGCUAUGCCUAUGAGGAAGGCAACAACGCACCGAGUUACUAUCCCGGUUCAUCGAAUGACACAUCUUAUUUUGACUUCUCAUCAUUCCUCGAUUUUUCGGUUUAUGAUGAAUUGGUAAACAGUGACGAAAAGCCGGUAAUUAACCUAGCAGGAUUCUACCCUCUUAAAGGCACAGAAAGUUACCCUAUGAAAUUCCUAGGACACCAGAGUCACUUUUCAUCGUUGCUGGCACUGCAACACGUGAACGAUCAUCCAACAGUUUUAAAGAACUAUCACCUAAAUUUGAUUAGUUGCGACACAGAAAAUAGAGUUGGAGUAGCGUUGAUGCAAUUGUUCGAAACAUAUUCUUCAGGUCCUCAAAUAUCUGCGGUAAUAGGCGGACUUAGAGCAGAGAUCACUGAAGCUAUGUCAAAGGUCACAGCCAUCAUGAAUCUAGUUCAGAUUUCAUAUGGAUCUCACUCGCCCCAGUUAUCUGAUCGCACCGCACAUCCGACUCUUUACCGAACUAUCCCGUCUUCUUCCGAGUUUAGCCGACCAAGAAUUAAGCUUCUUCAGGCUUGGAAUUGGACCAAGGUUUCUACUUUACACUCAAAUCAAGACGUGUCCUCUUCGGCUAUGCGGGACUUUACUACUCAGUUGCAGGUUUAUUCAGAGAAUUCAACCAACGACUUUGAAGUCAUCGCCGCAGAAAGUUUUGACCACAAUAAUGCCAACGACCGCCUUGCACUCUUAAAGCGUAAAGAUGCACGAAUAAUCAUUGGAAACUUUUAUGAAUACGAGGCCGUCAUGGUAUUUUGCCAGGCAUACAAACAAGGCCUCACUGGACCCAAUCACGUGUGGAUGAUCUAUGGUUAUUAUCAAGUGGAUUGGUGGAAUAAGACGUACACAGAUUUACACUACGGCUGCACUACCGAAGAGAUGGCACAGGCUGUCGAGGGCUACAUUGGAAUUUCCUGGGAUGUUCUCAGUGAUAUCGACAAACCCACAAUCUCAAAUUAUACACCAGAAUGGUACAGGCAAAAGAUGCUGAGAAAAUUUGGUGAGGAUUUGGCAGAAACGGUGGUUCCGGCACCUUACGCCUAUGACGCAGUGUGGGCUACAGCGUUGGCGUUCAAUGCAACCGAAGCGGUCUUGGCUGAGAAGGGCCUAAGUCUUUUGAAUUUUACGUACGACGAUGAAUUUAACAUCACGGGUUUGAUUCAGGAAAAACUUGAAUCGGUCGAUUUCCUCGGUGUAUCAGGACCAAUCAAAUUCACAGAUAAUGGAGACAGUCUUGGAAUUCUAAAAAUAUCACAAUUAAAAAAUGGUGUACAGCGCGAAAUAGCUAGAUAUUACGGAUACAACGAUUCUAUAGUAUGGGAUUAUACUGUUGAAGAAAUAUGGGAAAACGGAAUUCCCGCGGAUUCGGACCAGACGAUUCGUUACACAGAAGCAAUGCAUAUAUCGAAAAAAUUAUUCAUUUUGUAUGCAGUAAUGUCUAGUUUCGGGAUAAUGACUGCUAUUGGAUUUCUUCUUUUCAAUAUCAUCUAUAGAAACGAACGAUUGAUUAAGAUGUCAAGUCCAAAUAUGAACAACGUUAUAAUUUUUGGCUGUAUACUAUGCUACAUUACUACGGUGGUGUACGGUUUGGAUAGUCUUCAUCUAAGUGACAGCAAUCUGAGAAUUAUGUGCCAGGUUCAAAAAUGGGGAUUUGCGUUUGGAUUUACUUUAUCUUUUGGUGCAAUGUUUUCAAAAACGUGGCGAGUAUACAGUAUAUUUACUAACAAGAAAUUACAGAAAAGGGUAAUCAAAGACCCACGUUUACUGGCCAUGGUCGGAGUUCUUUUGUUAAUUGAUUUGGGAAUAUUGUUGACGUGGCAAUUGACAGAUCCGUUGGAAAUAACGAUAAAGUCAUUAAAGAACCAAACUAAAGAAGGGAAGCCACUGACAAUCGUAAACAUUGAACAACAUCUUUGCCAGUCAACUUACCAGCAGUAUUUCACUGGCGCACUCUAUAUCUACAAAGGGUUAUUGCUCAUAUUUGGCGCUUUUAUUACGUGGCAAACAAGAAAUGUGAAUAUUCCUGCCCUCAAUGAUAGCAAGUAUAUAGGACUAAGCAUAUACAAUGUCGUCAUCUUCAGUUCUCUUGGCGUACCAUUAUCUUUCUUGCUUCAAGAUGACGCAAGUCACACAUACGUCAUAAUUGGAGGUUUUAUCAUCUUCUGUACAACGUUAACUCUCAGUCUUCUAUUUUUUCCAAAGGUGUACAGUAUCAUUAAUGGUUACGCCCCUGAGCAAGUUGGAAGCCGUGCCAUGUCAAACGUCAACGGGCGGCAAGGGUAUGGAAGGCGUACGGAAGACAGCAACCGGAGAGUUAGCCUACUUGCAAAAGAUGCGUCAAUGGCAAUGAAGAUAGAAAACGAAAAAACUUCUGAGGUUCAAAUAUGAUUUAUAUUUUUUAUUCAAUCAUUAAACGAAAAACUAACUUUGAACUAAAUUUAUUUGCUCGACGGAACUCUCAUAAUAUUGUGACUGCAAAUAAACAUGUAUUAUAAUAAGUUCGAUUUUUACAAAUGGAUAAUUUUUAACGCCGUUAACACAUCCUACUAAUGUCAAGAGUUAUCAGUCUGCUUAUUUAGCUAGCAAAAUGCUAAUGAUAAACAAAGAGACUCAAAUUCUAUGUCAUGUAGUAUUAUACUCAAUUUUAGAUUUACAUGCUGUGGAGAAAAACACUAUAUAACAUACAAUCGUAGUAAAGAUAACCUCACGCAUUGAACUGACUUCCAACCACAAAGUAAUAUUGGGUUUUUAUAAUAUCGAUACGUCACGCCCUUCACAUUCACUCAAAACAAAUGUCACGUGUUAACUAUAUGACGCUAACAAUGGAAAGUCUUACUUUAAAAUAUUUUCUAAAAUAAAAUUACGUUGGUGGAUGCUAACACAUGACAUUUACGAUAACCGCAUAUUGCUUUUUACAAGAUGUAUAUUUGUAAAUAAGACGUCUGGUAGUUGCAUCUGCGCAUGCCAUCGAAUAUUACGGUACUAGUGUAUAUAAAUAAACAAUCAAUACUAUCGUCCUUCUUUUAAUAACGCGUAGCCGAAUUCUCUAACCAAUCUUCAAAUCUUCUAUAAUAAUGUAAUAACACUAUAAAAAUGUCUUCGUUUAUAUACACUGACCUUUGACAUACGUAAAUGAAACUACAAGAUAUAAUACAAUAAAACUAAAAAAGCACACAAAACAGUUUGUAUGCCUUAAAAUAUGUAUAUAUUAUUAAACCUUGUAAUAACGAUAAUUUAAUGUUAAAUAUUUUGUAUAUAAUCUCAGAUGUUAGGCCUAUUCAAUUUUCGUUACACACUGAUCUGUCACUUAAUAAAAAAUCCGAUUUUCUGAAAUGUUUGGAUAAAAUUAUUCUAGUUUUAUAUUGAAUAAUGAUUACAUAUCAUCGGUAGUCGCAUUCGAUAUGUUUGCAAUUAAACGAACGUAUACAUAAUAAGUUGAAUAAGAUAUACAUGAAACAAAAUCAGACGGUCUACAAAUAUGAUUUCGAUUAAAUUUGUUUUUGUUCUUUUAGAAUUGUUAAUGUAAAUAAGAACACUUUAAAGUAAUUCGCCUUUUUUUGGUUAAGAUAAUGUUAUGUUUCAACAAUUUUACAUGAUUGUUAUAUAUGCUUGUAGGAACAUAGACCUACCACUAAACCGUACUACAAUGUCUUGCCUGUAUGUUGUCUGUUGUCUUGCCAAAUGAAUUAUUAUCUCAGACCGUUUAAAUGUUUUCUUAUUAGAAAAUGAUUUGUGAAUAAUAAUGUUGUGUUUAUAGCAAAGGAUUGAUUUUGAUGUCUGACUUACCAUGUAUAUAUUUGCCAAUGCAACUAUGUUUAAUAGUAUAUAACGUUGUCAGUGUAGCUGCAUAUGCAAGUAUAUAAAGAAG